AUCCCCCACCAGUAUGAUGUUUCCUCCAACGCGCUCUUCACCUUCAACUCUGUGCUGAGCGCGUGCGCGACGGAGAAGGGCGCGCUGGAGUGGGCGCAGCGCGUGGGGCUUCGGGCAAGCGCGCCUCUGUGUCCUACCUGCACCAAUAGCAUGACGUUGUACGUCGCUGUGAAGCGGACGCGCUGGCGCUGCUCCCGCACGGGGUGCCGUCUGGAGAGAAGCGUGCGGGCCUCCUUUUUCUUUGCCCGGCUAUCAGCUCCCCUCUCGAAGCUGAUCAAGCUGCUGUUGUUCUGGGCGUUCCUACACCCAGUCACAACGGCAGCACAGCAGGCCGAGGUGUCGCCGACAACGGCAGGGCAGUGGUAUGUCUAUGCCCAGGACAUCUGCACCGCCGAGAUGAAGCGGACGUUGCUGACGGUAAAAUCGUACAUUAUUCUGUUGCUAAAUAUUAUUUAG